AUGGACGAAGUUUUGCAAAUAUACGGAAAUGAAAUUAUCGAACUAGCUAAGGAGGCGGGUGCAGGCGAGGAGGCGGCAUGUACGGUAAAGCCUACUGCGCAUGCCCUGACAAAAAAUUUGCAAUUUGAUUACGACACGAAAACUUGCAAAGAUUGUCGUUGUGGUACUUACGGCUUUGGAUGCAGAACGUCGAACGGUAGUAAGGAAUGUGUUUGCGGCUACAGAACUGGUGAUAAGAAUGGAUACUGCGUAGAAUGUGAUUGUUUAACUAACUCCUUCGGAUGCUUCUUCGACGAGAAUGGUAAACAUUGCAUCUGUGCAAAAGGUUAUUCUAGUCUCUUUGGAGAAUGCAAAGAAUGUGACUGCGGUCCACAUCAAAUUGACUGCGGGUAUCAUAGGGGUGGCACAUGCAGAUGUCAACCAGGGUUUGCGCCAAAAUAUCAGAAAUGCCAAGCCAUAUGCAAUGACACCCAUACGUGCCAGAAUGGAGGAAAAUGUGAAGAACAAGUAUGCAAUUGUAAAGAUGGCACCAGUGGGUCCUUCUGUGAAACUCUCGAUGAAUGCAAAUCGUACGGAGACUGCGGGGACCACGAGUCAGUGAUAUGCAUUUAUGAUCAAAAUACCACUAAAACUACUUGCGCCUGUAAAAACAAAGCCCUGGCGUUCGAUAAUAAGCAGAAAAUAUGUAGAGAAUGCGAUUGUGGACCAAAUGGAGACUGUAGUUAUUGGUACGGUAAAAAAUGCAAGUGCCAUGAAGGAUACGCCGAAUUUGAAGGCACAUGCAAGCCUUGUAGAUGCAAAGGAGGAGUUUGUUCAUUCAGCACCGAGGGACAAAGGCUUUGCAGGUGUCAUUAUGGGGAUAGAGAAGUCAAUGAAGAAUGCCUCGAAUGUGACUGUGGAAGAGGUGGAUUUUGCUCUUAUAAUGGAACUCAAAAAAUAUGUUUUUGCUACAUAGAUUACGUGGAGUAUGCCGGAAAAUGCAAAUAUUGCAACUGUGGACAGCACGGAAGAUGCAGUUUGAAUAGCUUCGGAUCACCAGUUUGUGACUGCCUUCCAGGGUACGGCGAAAAGGAUGGAUACUGUGAAGAAUGCAAAUGCGGUAGAGGAGCAAACUGCACCUUUUAUUACACCGGCAAGCAAUGUUCUUGUCCCGAAUAUUACGAAGAAAAAAAUGGAACUUGCUUUCUAAUUGAGAACUGCAAUAAACCUAACGCUUGUCCUGUCACAACAAAAUGCGUAGACAGGGAAGGAGGAGGGUAUGAAUGUGUUUGUGCCGAAGGCUUCAUUCCAAUUUUUGAUAAGAAUUCAGGUUUGCAAGAUCCAAAUAAAUACGGAUGCAGAGAGAUAUGUCUUCCUGACGACUGUAACGCUGGAAAAUGCAAUAUAAUUGGAAAUACUUAUGAAUGCAUAUGCGACGAAGGCUAUAGUGGAAAACACUGCGACAUGAAAGUUCUGAAGAUUCCAGGUAAUUCUGCCUUGAUUGUGGGUUUUUCAAUUUCAACGAUGAUUUUAGGAGCUUUGCUGUUCGCUUUGAGUUGCAUACUGUGGAGAUAUUUGAAACAUGCAAAGUCUGCAUCAACUUAAGGAAAUCAACAGCAAGAGAAUAUGAAGUUAUGAUUCGUUUCUAAUGCAUGCUGUUAAGUUUUCAACUCAAUAUUUUGUGAAUUUUGUAACCUGAGACAGCAAGAAGAUUUUUAAUGUAUUAUUUAUUAAAACUGUUAACUAAAAUAAAAUAUCUACACGUAA